UCGAUUAAAUAACUCGGUAACAAGAAGAAGGAAAGAACAAUAGUUAUAAACUCGAGAAAAGGGAGCAAGACAUUACAGAGUAUCCCAGCUGAACAUCAAUUCAAGCAGAAAAUUCAAGCAUAAGCAGCAGCUUUUUAAAAAGUGGGUUUGUUUUUCAUCGAGAGGCGAGAAGACUGAAAGGGUUUAAUUAAAUGAUACGCUAGCGCGUUCCCGCCGACAAAGAACGUAUCAAACGCGUGUACGCGAUGAAAUUCUAUGGAAAAGAAGAAAUAUAUGCGAAUAGAAAAGAUGAAACACGUCCGCAGAUACAAAUAUGGGACGAUCCACUUUUGGACAGUGUACUCAGCUUUGCUCGGAAACUUAUUACUAUAGAGAUCCACGUUACUUAUCGUGGCGGAUGUAUUAUCCCCGCGGCUGCGUGUCACAGAAGAAAGAAAAGAAAAAAGGGAAGAAAGAACAGGCAGGUCGUACAGAGAAGAAAGAAACGGAUAAAUUUUGGGCAAGCUUGGAUAAAUCGCGAUUGUCCGACAGGAUAGACCGAUCGUUAAAACACGAGGGAUGCAACUUAUUCAUCUUUUAAAAAAUGGCGCGUUUCAGUAGCGUAGUUCCGACUAUCUCUAUACCGAGAAGUUUCUAAAUGCGGUGCACGAUGCUAACGAGUCGUCUCCACUCGGAAAUGUAUCCUAGGAGCUUACGUCGCGUAAUUUCCACCGUCGAACGUGUACGCCGACGCGUAAUAAACGACAAAAAAAAAGAAAAAAAUAAAAAAAAAUAACUCCGCCCAGCGGGAAAAAGAACAAGUUUGCGUGCAUGGGCGGAUGGAGAGAAGUGUACGGUUCUGUAAGACCAGUGGGAGAGAAAAAGAGAGGAGAGAGGAUAAAUGCGAAUGUAAGCGGGAAGGAGAAAAGAUGAGAGGAGUGACGGCGUGUGUAGCGGUCCGUUCCGAGCGACACGAUGUGUUUCCCCACGUUUUUUGUUUUAAUUUCAUAGAGGCCACCAGCUCUCGCGCCUUCUUUCCCUCAUCCCUCUCUUUUUCUCUUGUUUCCUCUCUCAUGGGAGCCCCGCGAAAUGUACCACGGUGGUUUUCAGCACUGUGGAUGCCGCCGCCUAUAUAUCCUCUUCCCCUUUUCCGUCCUCAUCCUCCCACCAUCCCUCUUCUCUCUUACCAUCGCCAACCCCCUCUUGCUUCUCACUCUUCCCCUUCCCUCCUUCUCUCCAUCCUGUUAUCCCUUCUCCUUGCACGCUUUCGUCGCCACCCCUACGAGUCGGUAAAGGGCUGAACCGGCCAGUGCAAUCCACGACGAGUUCGAGGUCGAAUCCACGCGUCUCCCGCGUCCCGUUAUUACGCGAUUUUUUCACGCGUUGCUCGAGUUUUGCCGCGCUGUAAACGACAUCGUUUCGUUUCACCCGUUCGUUUCGUCGUUUCGUGUCCCGUUUACCGUGUCGAUCGGUUUGCUUGGCCCAUUCGUCCCGUCGAUCCGGAUGCGAAGUGGAGAAAAACCGUACGUACAUGCGUUCCACGAUUCACCUCGAGCUCGUUCCAUUAGAGACGCUUUUGUUCGCGCCUAUGGCUCGUCCUCUCUCGCCUCUUACUUUCACAUCGUUUCGAACAGUCACGUUACGCGUCUCCUCUUCUCUCGUCGCCCGUAUUUAUUCUCCCUUAGGUUAAUUAGCGUGCGGCCCAGUUUAAUGAUCUUUCGAAACGUCAUUAAACUUGCCGCUCUAUCGGAGUGCACUCUGAACACAGUGUGAACUUGGACUGGGAAACUGGAAGUAGCUGGGAAAUGAUACGUUUUGGACGACGACGUAACUUCUAGGGUCGUUAAGCGCGCCGACAACUUAUCGGCGGGAUGUCAACAUCGUGCCUGUCACCUGUCCAACUCGACGAUCUCGUAAUCUAUCGACGCCACGAAAUGUCUUCGCGACACGAGGAUGAUCGGCAGAAGAAGCACCAACACCAGCCGACCCUUAAGGAAUCGAGUCAGCCGUAAUCCCUGAAACGGUUUAGGCUUUGCACGGAUACCAACCGCGGGACGGCUGAAAUUCCUCAAAGGAGCUGGUUAACCACGACGAUCUUGCACGAAGCUGCACGCUGCUACACGUUGCCGUCGUUCGGUCGCGCUUAUGUACGCAGGUGGACGUUCCUGUAUAGGAAGUUGAGCAGGAAAAGGGAAAGGGUGGUUUUCGCCUAAAGACACCGCCACGAGAGACGGUUAACUCGGCUGGCCAGAGACAGAGUCGUCUGGUAGCCGCAACAUUCCACAAACUUGCACGAUAUCCGCAAAGCCGCGAAAUUCUUUGGCGAAUCUUUUGGUGCUUGCUUCCUCGAGACGAGACCGAACGCAACGCGUGUGUGAAACGGAGGGUGUGUCAUCCCCGGUUGAGGAGUAGUCGAGCGACGAAAAUGCAGCGUUGAAAAGGGUCUCGAGAAGAAGGUGGAAACGUCGCGGGGGGGAAGGCUCCGUUAACUCGCGCGACAAGUGACGUCGCGUUGGAACAGUCGAGACAUCUGUAAAUGAGGAAGCAGGGAAAGUAGGCGUGACAAGGGUCCGCUUAAAGCGGAAUAUUAGUCGUGUCACCUAAUGAUCGUCGUGCUUUACGUCCAUUCGGCUCCAGUCGUGAUAUCAAGCGAAAUUUCCACCGGUCGGGUCGACUCGUCCCUCCUCUGCGAAUCGCCCGUUGUGUACACCACCCUUCUCUUUCGCCACCCUUCUUCGCGUUUCCCGUAGUUCUCCAAUUAAAAGGGAGGGAGGGAGGGAGGAUUCGCGGGAGCGGAAGAAAGACAGUCGUGACAGUUGGCCGUUUUAAAGACGAUGGUAAUUCUGAUUACCGUUAUCGAUGUUGAUGCAGCCAAGUAGACCGCUGCUAUAUAUCGUGUUAUAAGAGGAUCUAUACGGACGGCGAAGCAAGAGAAGAGGACAAUCGACGUGGAAGCUUCCAAGGCUAUGGUAAUAUUAACGUUAGAAAUUAAAGCAUCGGCCGUGGUACGAUGGAUGUUCGCUAAAAGCAUCGCGAUCGUAUUAAUAACUGGAAAGGAAAAAAUCUUGUAGCGAAAUAGCAGGGAGUAGAAAUUAGGAAGAAGAAGCGCGAACGUUACUCGUGGAUGUUUCUCUUUCUCUCUCUCUCUCUCUCUUUCUCUGUAUAUAUCUCUCUUUCUCUCCCUCUCUUCCUUUCUCUCUUCCAUCCUGCCCAACAGUGUCUCUGUAUUGUUGGAUAAAAAGGAAGGCAGAGAUUUCUUCACAGAAGUAGCCCGUUGGCUGUGGAACAGUAGUGACGGAAUCCUGAAAGCCACUCGAGGAAGAAAGAGCCACGGAAGAACGCUUGGUUCUAUGGCCUAGAGCAUCCUGUAUUUCUGAUAACGUACAGAACUCGGUAAGCUUCCCGACAAGAAGGUUUGCGAAUGAAACUGAAUGAGAAACCGGUAAGCAAGGAGAGGAGCCCUUUUGCCCGAAGGUACUCUAUUAACCUUAUUGCCAAAGGAUACCGUUUCGCCCCAACGUUUUGCGCCAACUCCGACAAUAUUCGCCUCGAUACGGUUCAAGUUCGAUGACCGUUUCGACGCGUGUACCUUUCGGUUCGUUCCUCGAUCGAAGAGAAUCCGUAUGAAAAGGAACUUGCCUCGAAAUGUUUUCGAGGAGGUCGUAAUCUAUAAUCGUGGAAGAAUAAAGGCCGGAACACGGAACGACGAUCGAGGAGUAACUUGCCAAACUUGCCUUUUUCCCCUUGACAUUCGGUUGGCUCGUACAGUUCAUGGAUCCCGAUAACGGGAGGCGAACAAAAUUAGCUUCCGCCUCGUUUCUAAACGAGAGAGAAGCCCUUUCGCGAGAAACCUCUCUUGGCCAUCGAGGAAGAACGGCUCGCCGAUAAUUUUAUGAAUUAACGACAGUUUAACGACCCUAACGACCAUCGUUGCACUCCGAUACUUUGGAACGCGAUCCACGUACCAGCUCCGGCAAUCCGUGAAUUCGCACGGUAUCUUUAAGAGACCGAGGAAUUGAUCUAGCCAACUUACCCUAGCCGCGAGGAGAGAUGUUUUAGCCCCCAGAACGGAGACCAGUUCUGCCCGUAGGUUUCCAGGGCAACAGAAACUUUCCUCUUUUCCCCGGUUGCGCUAAUCAAUCCUUGGAAAGGGGCGACCCCUGCUAAACAAUUGCAACACGGUGGAACGCGAUAAAAGAUUCCCUCUCUUAGUCCAUUCCAAGGUAUCGAAAGCACCGACUAGACUCGACUCGAGUUUCUUUCGACGACGUUUCCAACCUGGAGUAGAGAGAGCAGCGACGAGUUCGUUCCCGCAAGCUCCGCGUUCCCCGGUCGAGGCAAGGGAACGGGAUUUUCAAUCUCUGGUGAAACGUGGAAGACUUGUUGGAGGCGGGUUGGAACGGAGGUUGGAACGGAGGAGGAACGACGCGGUGAAUGUGGGCUGGGGACGAGGCAAUCGGUGGCGAGCUGGGUGAAAAAGGGCGAGGCAGAGAAAUAUGGUGCACGAGGCCACGGGUCUAUGGCACGGCGCGGGAUUCAGCGUAUCGAGGUGGCUGAUGAUCAUAAUACACGGAUACCGGGCCACCACCCUUUUGCUAUCCAUUCUACUUAACGUGCUGGUGCGAACUGCCGAGUAUCCGACAGCGGCCACGGCGGAGAUCGUGCCGACAAAUGGGAAUUCGUUAGAAGCGAGCAUAAAACCAUUGGACAUCGAUCUACCGCCCACGCUUCCGAUGAGCUUCGGCACCGAAAAUUCGACGGUGAUCUCCGCCCAAUCUGGAUCUACCGCGCUCCUGCCUUGCGUCGUUCAUAAUCUCGGGGAUGGAAUGGUGUCGUGGAUCAAGCGGAAGAACGUCCAGGAGUUACUGACCGUAGGACUGACAACGUACGCGAACGACGAGCGUUUCCAGGCAAUUCAUUUCCACCACAGCGAGGAUUGGACUCUUCAAAUAAAAUACGUUCAACCGAGGGAUGCUGGAUUGUACCAGUGCCAAGUAUCCACCCAUCCACCCACGAGUAUAUUUCUGUUCCUCGAGGUUGUCGAGGCCAGAGCAGAGAUAGCCGGCCCCUCGGAGAAGUUCGUGAGGCCAGGUAGCACUCUGCAGCUUCACUGCCUCGUAAAAAAAUCUACCGAGACGCCUUCCUAUUUAUUCUGGUACCAUAACUUCCGGAUGAUCAACUACGACGUCGAUCAGGGGGUGAAUGUCAGUACCGAUCUGGUGGGACGGGAGAGUUGGCUGGAGGUACCCCGUGCGUCCGAUCGCCACUCCGGAAAUUACACCUGCGAGGCGAGUAACGCUCAACCGGCACGAGUGCUGGUGCACGUGUUCAAAGGAGAUAAUCCAGCAGCGAUGCAGCACAGCAUCGCAUCGUCUCCAUCUGUCAUGGCUUGCAGCGCCCUAUUGAUGAUGUUCACCACGUUGAAACUCGUGUUUCAUUCCACGACCACGAACUGACCAUCGUGUCCCGCCACGUGUGCCGUGCGAAAUAUAGAAAAAUAAACGUUGUGAUAAUACUUGGAAAGGGAAAACGGAUAUAAAGUUGAUAUAAAGUAACUUAAAAGGGAUAAGAGAGAGAGAGAAUAAAUUUCGUCGCAUGCAUGCGUGUAUGUGUGUAUCUCUGUGUGUGUGUUUGUAUGCGUUUUAUGAUAUUACAGGUGCAGUUUGUUUCGACGAGAUUGUAUCCUGUCGAGAGACUAUGGUUGGAUCUAGAAUUACCAAUUUUUGAUCUUCAAGAGGUGAGCGACUUUAUCGUGAUACGUUACGUAAUUCUUAAGGGAUCGAAUCGAGAGUGAGAAGAAGAGGGAUGACGUGUGCCUGCGUGCGGCAUGUAUGCGGAAAAAAAAAGAAAAUGAAACAGAAACAAUAAGAAUAAUUGUGUAAAAUAACGAAACGGAUCCGGGUAUGUAUCUCUUUUAAGACCGUGGUAGUUCGUGCUUCGAACGAUGCAUCGCGCGAAUGACCAAAAAGAAUCGUCGCCGAUGAUCAGACGCCGUAUUAGAAAUUGUCUCGUUUUAGAAUAAAAAUUUCGCAAAAAAACGUUUCGUUGAGCGUGUCGGCACGUGUUUGCUCAAAAGUUGCCAUUUCGCGCGAUUCGCCGACACCACUGUUAACCACCGUUUGUGAUAUGUGUAAAUGUGUAAGCCGUGUAUAACUAUCACGACCGUAGAAGCGUAAUUGUGUAAUCUGUCCUGUGACGAGUGGCGCGAUUAAUGGCGAUAAUCCUGUCGCAUUUUACCGGGCAAAACUUUCCAACGAUGCUCACCAAAUCUGGUAGCGACAACUUUAUUCGGUUGCAACCGGUGUUCAACUAUAUCUCUCCUUCUCUCUCGUUCUCCUCCCGUGAAAUUUGUCGCGUUAAUGGGAACGAUGAGAGAUCGCCGCACAAUACCGGUUGCCAACCAACCUGUGUCAACGUAAUUUUGCAAAAAAGGUGCGAACGACGAAAGUGAAAACGAUCGCGAGGCUCUUCUCGUUCGAGAAAGUAUAUAAUGAAUCGUUGAUCUCCCUCUCCUCCUCCUUCCAACGCUUUUAAACGCAAAGUCGAAAAAAGGGGGAGGGAGAACGUUCGCACAGAUCUAUAUGGAAUACUGCGUAUUCGGCCUACACGCGUACAGGUGCGCGUAAUUAAUCGUGAUAAUCCCGGUGUAAUGCAGCACAGCCUAACGACAUUAUCUUCCGUUGCCUUGCUCCGCACACGACGACCUUGCUCAUAAUGUCCAAAUUAGUUCUAUCUACGACGUCCACGAAAUGACCGUGCUCAGAUGCGUUGUACACCGUUGGAAGGAAAUCACCUUCGGCGAUUAUUAACCGGUUAUGGGAAAUUAUCGCAAAGGCGAGGAAAUUGUCUGGGAGGCGACGAUUUUUUAGAAUUCGACGGGUGAGCGAAUGAUGAGUAAUCGUGUCUUUUUUUAGCGUAUCGCGUUAGAGAGAAACGGAAACAGAAGGGUUGUAGAGAUCCAAAGUCGAUUGCGCCAAUCGAUCUUUCGUUUGUUCGUUGAAUCAAAUUUUAUUGUACAUAUAUUUUCUAUGUCGGUUGUUAGUCGAUCUAUAAAUUAUAUGGUAAAUCGUUUAUUAGAGGGAGACAGAGAGAGAGAAAGAGAGAGAGAAUCCGUUUCCGUUAUCCCUGUUAUCACGAGAAGAACGCAAGACGACUUUCUUGGACCACGAUGUUUCGCAGCGUUAGUAUUACCGCAUGUUCCCAAAGCUAAUCCACUAUUUCCUAGGUAGACAGCUGUUUCUCGUAACCGUACACAUUGUCAACGACGAUAAUCCAGUUUCUGCAAAUAAUAAACCGAAUGGUAUUAUCAAGCUUGCGUGCCCGGAUUUCGAUGGGAGCAAACGAAAAGCUCUCGUGUGUGAACAUGUACAUCGAGAGAGAGAGAGAGAGAGAGAGAGAGAGUAUACAUACCGAGAGAGAUCUCUUCAUACAAGAUGGAUCGAUCCCGAUCACUCGAUCGAUUUUAAACGAUAAUAUUUCUUCCACCGCUCGACCAUCAUCAUCGUUCGGCGAGGAAUUUGAUUUAUGUAAGUUAAAGCGAUGGAUAAUUUAAUGUGAUGUUCGAUGAUAUAGUCGCUGUCUGUUGUAUAUGUACAUACGUAUACAUAACAUAUAUAUAUAUAUAUAUAUACAUAUACACAUAUAUAUAUAUAAAUAUGUUACGAACGUCGCACAAUGUUAAUCUCAUUUACGGUUGAAUAAAAUUUUCAUAUAAAUUCCA